AUGUUCGUUUCGUUCCGAUCCACUGCGCAAUACCCGAUCACCGACACGCUUCUCCACAAUCUAUUCAUUCCCAAGGGAAUUAAAUCGAUCAUCGAUAUGGCUGGGAACUUAAUCAGCAAUCUGGACCGAGCUCCUAUCUUGCUGAACCAAUUCGUAGCGAAGAACGUCUACAUCUCGGUGAAAGAUCUCCUCGAUAAGCUGCUUCAUCACUACAUUCUGCAAGCCAGACUUCAGUUCUUGUCGCUCAUCGGCGCUGUGAACGUUCUCGGAAACCCUGCGCAGUUCGUAAGCAGUUUGAGCCAAGGCCUCAAAGCCUUCUUCAACGAGCCAAUCAACGGGAUGAAGAAGGGCGGAAAGGAAUUUAUGGAAGGCGUGGGGAAAGGAACCAAGCAGCUCGUUUCGAAAACGACGUAUGGCUUCUUCAACUCGGUGGGGAAAAUCGUGGAUACGCUCGGAAACGGAGUGGAAACGCUGACCAAGAGCGAGUCCUACAAGCAAGACCGCGCGGCCGGGAAAUCCGGUCUGAUCCACGGCGUGAAGAGCGGAGUAAACGGGAUCAUUCGGGACUUGAAAGACCCGAAACGCGACGUUUUGAACUCGGUGGUUGGAAUUGUGACGAAGCCAUUGGGCGGACUGCUCGACGACACCUCGCAUUUAAUCGAUAAAGUGAAGGACAUCACGAACACCGAAGUGUUCCCGAUGAUGGUCCGCCUGCCUCGUUGCAUUGGGUUUGACGUGUGUCUGCAGCCGUACAGUUUGUACACGGCGAUCGGCAUGAAAUACAUGUGCAUUCUGAUUCGAAAAGAGGUCGUGAAUCUCCAAGACAAAUACGUGAUUCAUUGCCCUGUCAAUCAGGGCGCGCUGGUUUUGUUCUUCACCACGCAAUGCUUGCUUGUCAUCGACACCAAGAUCAAUCGCGUCACGUGGAAAGAGCCUUACCACUCCGUCAACAUUUUCGGAAUCGCUUCGCAUUGCAUUCUCGCGCGCAAAGUCGCGGCCAACUCCGUGAAAAUCAGCGACUGCCCCAUCACCUGCGUAUUCAACAACAACACUCUCUUCAAUCUCGUCCAGGCUUUUAUCAAGCUCUCUUGCAAGGAUCUCGGUCGCGAGGAAUUCAUGCAGUUCUCGAACCAAGUCAGCAUUUGCGUCCAGCAUUAUCCCAUCGAUUGCAAGAUCCCGCUGCGAGAACCGAUUCAGUCCUCGCCGAUCUCCAUCCCCAUCGAGCAGGCGACCAUCCAGCGAAUGAAUCCGAGCGAAGAUUCGAGCGAAAAAGUGGAGUGGAGCGUCGAAGGAUGCGGCUAUUCCUGGAACGCACAGACCACGAUCCAUGAUGUGCGGUAUCUCCAUCAAGUCGUGUUCACGACGGAAGCAAAGCCGGCGGGAAUGGAGCAGCGAGUUGCGAGCGAUGGCAGUGAUGAGGACAUUUUGAAUGAAUUGGCUGAUGUGCUGUCCCAAUACAGGUGCCUCCUCGUUCUAAGUCAUGUAGAUUAUAUUCUGAAAAAGGAAUAUUACGAUUUCCAGUCAUAG